AUGCAGAAACAGCACCGCAUCUCGCUGCAGUGCUUGAUCGACCUUCUCCAGCUUGAGUACUACCGAUACGAGGUCACCUAUGGCCUUUAUGUGCUGACGCCAGGUGAAAAGUGGGUUGCCAACAUCAUUGUGAUAAUCUUCUUGGCACUGUUGAUAUGGGCACUGGCUUUUUAUUUCCCGUCGAUACUAUACCACAAGCUCGGUCGGCUUGUGUGGCUGUUCACUGGUCACAGUGAUGAGAAAGUCAGGGCGGUAUUGGGAAUACUCGACUAA